AUGCUUGCCUCAAUGAAACUGUCAAAUUGCAUACUGGAGCUGGGUCUAGACAUCACCGAUGCACAGAUAAAGGAGCUCGAGUCGGCCGUGCACGACAUCGAUUUCGACUCGGCGGCGGCCCACGAGAAACGCGUGCGCCAUGACGUCAUGGCCCACGUGCACACCCUCGCCGAGAGGUGCCCCUGCGCCGCCCCCAUCAUCCACCUGGGGGCCACCUCCUGCUACGUGGGGGACAACACCGACCUGAUCGUCCUGAGGCACGGCCUGGACCUACUGCUGCCGAGGCUAGCUGCCGUUAUAAGCCGGCUGUCGAAGUUCGCAGACGAGAACAAAUCGCUACCAAUUCUCGGCUUUACUCAUCUGCAACCAGCACAACUGACAACAGUAGGGAAGCGGGCUUCUCUUUGGUUGAGCGAUCUAGUUAUGGACGAACGGGCCUUGUCUCGUGCGAGAGACGAUUUGCGCUUCAGAGGGGUUAAAGGCACGACGGGAACCCAAGCUUCCUUCCUCCAACUGUUCAACGGCGACUCAAAAAAAGUGAGAGCCUUAGACAAGAGGGUCGCUGAAUUGGCCGGCUUCGAUAAACGCUACAUCGUUACCGGUCAAACCUAUUCCAGGAAAGUCGAUUUAGAAGUGAUAUCUGCUCUGUCCGGCCUAGGAGCGACGGUGCACAAAAUGUGUUCAGACAUAAGAAUAUUGGCGUCCAGAAAGGAGUUAGAGGAACCGUUCGAGGCGUCUCAGAUCGGGUCUAGCGCUAUGCCUUACAAAAGGAAUCCGAUGAGAUCAGAGCGUUGCUGCGCGCUUGCUCGCCAUUUGAUAACCCUCCACGCUAACGCUGCCAACACCCACGCGGUGCAGUGGCUCGAGCGUACCCUCGAUGACUCUGCCAACAGACGCAUUACACUGGCAGAGGCCUUCCUCACUGCCGACGCGACUCUGCUCACUCUGCUGAACAUAUGCCAAGGUCUCGUGGUGUACCCCAAGGUUAUAGCGCGUCACAUCGCACAAGAGCUUCCAUUCAUGGCCACGGAGAAUAUUAUCAUGGCGAUGGUCCAAGCCGGCGGAGAUCGUCAAGUUUGUCACGAAAAGAUAAGGGUGCUGUCUCACGAGGCAGGGGCGCAAGUGAAACAGCACGGCAGGGACAACGAUUUGAUCGAUCGCGUGAAGAAGGACCCUUAUUUCACGCCGAUCAUUCCACAACUGGACAGCAUUUUGGACGCUUCCACAUUUAUAGGAAGAGCGCCCGAGCAAGUGACGGAGUUUCUCGAAGAGGAAAUUGAACCUCUGCUUGUUAAAUACAAAGAUAUUCUGGCGGAACUAGAAAAACCAGUUGCUUUAAACAUU